UGUUCGAGGGAAAGUGGAACCAGGUCAGGCCUUAGACGAGUGGAGACAGACGGGGCAGACACAUCAUUUAGGCCAAGGAUAGAAGCCAAGGAUAGAAUCUCCAUUCUUCUGCUCCAGUCCUCGUGUAUCAUGUUCUACUACUCAAAGCCUCUCUUACUGGUUAUCCUCAUUGUGCUGCUCAACGGACAUAGCUGGGCAAAGGAAGUGGUAGGAAUCAUUGGUAAUGGGAUCACCAUCGACUUCUCAUUUCAUAACAUGUCCAAACCAUCUGCUUAUUCAAUUGGUCUUUACAAAGAUUCUAAAAAGAUCAGUGAGUGUAAUCAUAGUGUGCACAACUGUUGCUCACAAAGCCAAAGCUGCAUCUUUGAGAAUAAAAAGGCCUCUUUCUGCAUCCGAAAUCUGACAUCAGUUGACAACGGAACGUAUUGGAUCACGUUGUUCCAAACCAAUAGAGAUCCUCCCAUGCUAAAAAGCAAUAAGGUGUCGCUUAUCCUUCAAUCGGAUGGUAACACCACAGAAUCUCCAUCAUGCACCCCUAUUGCCGCAGAAGACGAAACCCAUGCUUUCCCGAGUGGUAGUGGGAGGACUGUUCCUGUCCUGAUCAUCUUUGCUGUUUUGGGGGUACCCAUCAUAGCUCUGUUAAUGGGACUGCUUGGUUGGUUCUGCUGGACCCACAACAGGAGCCCAGAAUGGGACCAGCAAGAGGACGUCAAGGCCAAGCAACAGGGGUCAGGAGAGGCGUCCACCUCCAUGUCUGUGUAUGCUGUGGAGUACGGCGUGCUGGACUUUAAUAGUAGACCCAGUGGAGGAGAGGGGAACAGGCAUGGGAGGGAGAGGGAGGGAGGAGUGGUGAGGCCUGCAGAGACAGUGGAAUAUGCCGCUAUCACCUUUCCCCCACAACAAAGGGUGUCAGAUGGGAGACAGUGAGUCAACUGAAACGCUAUACGAUACAAACGGUGUGGCACAAUUUGAACUGGAUGCCAUCAAGAUUCUGAACAGGUCCUGGGAGAAUGAUGCUGAAACCGGUUGAUGUGUCACUCUGAGGUGAUAGAUACCGUAAGAAUGGAAAUACUGAAGGCGUUAAAUCACAUAGUCCCGUCCCGUAUUAAUAAAAUAUAACCUCCCUGUGUGUCUGUGCUGUGACUGUACCCUACUGGAAAUACAAAAAAAAACAUGUUGUAGAUACAAUAAUUACACAAUAACACAUUUGACUGUAACACAAAUUGAAUUUUAACAUGUUUUUUAUUUUUAUUUUUUCUUAUAAAGUCAUGGAACAUUAAUUGUGUGUAAAAUUUCCAGUAGGGUUUGCACAGAUAAAUGCACCCUUUAUAGUUUUUUUUCACUGAGUGUCAUGUUGUUUAUUUACUCUGACACUAUUUACGAUUACCAGAAGUAUCUGGGGAGAUUUUACAAAGUUCUCAUUAAACGCAGUCUACUUGACUGAUGUUUUUUUUGAAUCCCUCAAUGGUUUGAAAUUCACAAUGAUUGAGAUACAGGACCGGUCAAAAGUUUUAGAACACCUACUCAUUCAAGGGUUUUUCUUUAUUUGUACUAU